CUGCGUUAGGAGUCGCGGAUCUGAGAGGGAGGAGACUUUGAGCUGGGGCCGGUCCUGCUGCUCGUUGACCCUAGCUACCGUUUCUCCUGCCGAGGCUUUCGUGGGGCCCCGGAGCGGGGGGCGGGCGUCCGGGACUGGGCGGGGGUGGAGGGCUGGGAGCGCGGACGGCUCGGAGGGCGGGAGCUGAGCGUGUGAGUGCGUGUGUGGAGCCGCCCCGGGAGCCGGUGCUGAGACGGAGAGUGCCCCGGGGCUGCGCUGGGAAGGCGGGCGUCGUCCCAGAGCGAUGAGCGGGGCGGCUGGCCCGGGGGCCUCGCCGGGGCUGCGCGGGGGCGAGCCAGCGGCGGCGAAGCCGGGCCGCUGCGUGGGGCCCAGCCGGUCCGGGCGCGCAGUCCGGCGGCCGUGGGGGAAGAGAUGGGGUGCAGGGACGUCCCGAGGCCGCGGAGCGAGGCGCCGGGCGAGGUCCUUGGUGCGGGAGGCGCGCUGUGUGAGUGCGGACAGGCUGCAGGCCUGUCGGCGGCCGUGGGGGAGAAGACACGCAGCGGGGACAGCCCAGGCCGCCGGGGCGAACGAGGCUGCGGCGACCCCUGGCACCGCAGGCUCGAUGGAGGCUGCAAGGGACCUUGGGACUGUGUGGGUGAACGGGGCUGUGGGGGAACCCCAGGUGGUGGGGCCUGUCGGCUCUGUGUGGGUGACUGGCAGUGGCGGGGAGGAGGAGACGGUUUACAGGAGCCCCCGGGGCUGUGAGAGAAAAGGUCGUCCGGGAUCUCUGGGGCAUGAGAGCAUUCUGGAACUGUGGUUGAAGGUGCAGGCUAUGAGAGCAGCUUCAGGAUGUGGGGAAGGAAGCAGGGUCGAGCUCCAUCCUGUGUCUGCAGGAGAAGGGCCGGUUGAAGGGGGGGUUCCUGGCCGGGCUUCGUGGGUAGAGACCAGCCGUGGUGGUCUCACUGGACCGUGGGUGAAAGGACAGGCCAGGGCAGUUCCCCGGGCCGCAGCAGUAGCUGUAGCUCCAGGCCCAGGGGCAGGCUGUGAGAGGGCCUCAGGCUUGUGUGCGCAGGGCCAGGCUGUGAGGAUGCCACCUGUGGCUGUGCCUCGGCCUCUGGAGGCAAGUUCUGGGAUUGCCCCAUACCUGCCGGGGAGAGGACAAACCCUGGGAGUGCCUGGGCCCAUGGAAGGGAUAGGCUAUGGUGUUGCCCCGGGCUCUUGGGGAAAAGGACUGACUCUGGGGGUGCCUGGGGCCGUGGGGUGGUCUGAGGCUGUGGAGGUACCCAGAGCUGUGGAGGGAGAGCUAGGGUGUCAGGGGGCUCCAUGUCUGUGGGGGAGAGAGCAGGCAGUGCAGGUGCCUGUCUGUGGGGAUACCCCAGGCUUAUGGAGAAUGGGGCAGCCUGCCGCGGUGCUCAGAGCUGCGCGGGAGGAAGCUUGCUCUGUGGGUGUCCCAGCUGUAUGGCGGAGGAGACAAGCUAUGGAGGAGACAGGCCCCGGGGGUCUCCCUGGCCUUUGGGGCCCUGGACAACCCGUAGAGGUGCCUUGUGCAAUUGAAGAGGGAGUGAGAUGUGGGGGUGACCCAGAAUUCCAGGAAAGGGGACAGGCUGUGUGGGUAGAGACAGGUUCUAGAGGCGACUCAGAGUCACGGGAAGCUGCACGGACUGCAGAAGUGUCUGGUCAUGAUGAGCAGGGGGCAGGUCCUGGGGGUGCUCCAGGCCUGUGGGGUAUAGGACAGGCUAUGGGAGUGCCUCGGGCUCUGGGGACAGAGACAGGCUGUGGGAGUGUCUCGGGUCUGUGGGAGACAGAACAGCCUGUGGAGGCGUCCCAGUCUGUGGUGGUACCGGGAGCCAUGGGAGAACAGACCAGCUGCGGUGAUGUCCCAGGCUUGUGGGCUAGGCAGCAGGCUCUGGGGGUGUCUCCAGCUGACGCGGUGCCGGAGAUUGUUGGGGAGGAGACAUGCGGUGGGAAUGUCUUAAAUCUGUGGGAAAGGAGGCGGGCUGUGGGGGAGCAAGAGGCUCUGGGGCAUGCAGCUUUAGGGGGACCUGAGUCUGUGGAUCAGGAGACUGGCUGUGGGGAUGCUUCAUGUCUGUGUGCAAGGAGACAGGCUGUGGGGUUGUCUGAGGCAGUGGGGGUGCCGGAGGCAGCAGGUAUGUCCAAGCACAGGAGUGCCCCAGCAGGGGUGCCCGUAGCUGUGUGUGCACCUGAGUCUGGAAGCGUACCUGCCAGGGUGCCUGCCGCUGUGUGGGUGUCUGGCUCUGUGUGUCAGGAAAGCAGCUCCAGGGAUGACUUGAACCUGUGGGGAGGGGUUCUUACUGCCAGGAUACCCGUGGCUCCCCAGGAGCUGUGGUCUGUGGGAGAGGAUGCUGGUUGUGAGGCUUUCCCAGGAUCAUGGGGAAGGAGACAGAGUGCCAGGGUUCCUGUGGCUGCUGAGGUGCCCACGGCUUCUAGGGCACCUGGUCCCCUGGAGGUGGAGACUGGUUCUGGGAGUUUGUCAUGCUUGCCAGGGAGGAGACAGACUGCAGGAGUACCUCUGACUGCAGGGGUACCCACGGCCGCUGGGGUGCCCGUGGCUCUCCGGCCUCCUCAGCCUGUGCAGGAGGAGGCUGGUUCUGGAGGUGUCUCGAGCUUGUGGCGGGAGAGAGAGACAGUGUGGGCACCCACAGAUGCCAAGGAUCCCACCAGGAUGGGGAUGGCCACCACUGUCAUGGUGCCUGGGCCCAUGGGGGAGAAGAUGGGCCCUGGGGGCAUCUCACGCUUGGCAGGAGGGAGACAGGCUGCAGGAGCACCCAUGGCUAUGGGGGUGCCUGGGCCUGUGGGGGAGGAGAUGCUCUCUGGGAGUCUCUUGGGCUUAUCAGGAAGCAGACAGACUGCUGAGAUGCCAGCGGCUGGCAGCGUUUCCAUGGCUGUGGGGGUGCCUACAGCUGCUGGGGCCCUGGGGCCACUGGUGGGUGAUGCUGGCUCUGAGGAUGGCUCAGGUGUAUGGGGAAGGAGACAGGCAACUGAGGUGCCCACUGCUGCUAGGGCUUCAGGACCUGUGGACAGGGAGACUGGCUCUGAAGGUCUCGCAGGCCUGUGGAGAAGGAGACCCGAUAGAGCCGUCCCUGAGGCUGUGAGGGUACCUCUGUCUUUGGGGGUGCUUGCAGCUGUAGGAGUUCCCAUGGCAGGGCGCGAGCCUGCUGCAGUGUGGGUGACUGGGUCUGCAGGAGAAGAACCCAGUGUGGCUAUCUCCAGCCUCACGGUGGGGAGGAGACAGUCCACAGAGGGCCCCGGGGCUCCAGUGGGGGAGAUGGGAGGUAGAAGUGUCCUGGGGCUGGCAGGGAGGAGCCAGGCAGUGGGGGUGUCUUACACCUGUGGGCAUGGGACCAGGUUAUGGAGCUACUCUAGGUCUGCGGAGGAAGAACCGGACUAUGAGAACGUGGCAAGAGUGUCCAGGACAGGCACGGCUGUGGGGGUGGAUGAAGCUGAGGAAGUGCCCCCUGCUUCAAGGGAGGAGACAGGCAUUGGCCGCUUCAGAGAUCAUGCACAGCAGGGUGGGAGGAGACAGGCUGGAGGAGGGUCUAGAAUCAGAGCGAGGGGGAACAGUUCGGGGGAAAAUGAUGAGGGGGAGGACAGAUUGAGGGGGGUAUUCCAGCAGCAUAUGUAGGGAGCAAGUUGGGGCACCC